AUGGUGAGUUUCAGGUUCCAUUUCUGUUUUUUGGUUUUGUUUGUAGUCUUUCUUACCCCAACCCAUAGUCUUGGUCACAUAUGCCUGCCAAAACAACAACAUGUUGCCCUAUUCAUCUUUGGGGAUUCAUUAUUCGAUGCUGGAAACAAUGACUACAUCAACACCACCACUAAUAACCUAGCAAAUUAUAGACCGUAUGGGGAGACCUUCUUCAACUACCCCACUGGAAGAUUUUCUAAUGGACGUCUAAUCCCAGAUUUUAUUGCUGAGUUUGCAAAGUUGCCAUUCAUUACGCCACUUCUAUAUCCCGGUUAUCAUCAAUAUACUGACGGGACAAACUUUGCUUCUGCCGGAGCUGGGGCUCUUGCCGAAACUAACCAAGGAUUUGUGAUUGACCUAAAAACUCAACUACAUUAUUUCAAGAAAUUGGCGAAGCCGUUGAGGACAAAACUAGGACAUGAAGAAACCAAAAAAUUAUUGGCGAGAGCAGUUUACUUAAUUAGCAUCGGCAGCAAUGAUUAUUUUGUUCUUGCCACCUCAAAUUCCAGUGCUCUUCAAACCUACUCUCCGGAAGGAUACGUAGAUAUAGUGAUCAGCAACUUAACAAGUGUGAUCAAAGAAAUAUAUAAGAAAGGUGGAAGGAAAUUUGCGAUUCCAAACUUGGCACCAUUGGGCUGUUUGCCAAUUGCAAGAGCACAAAGUCCGAAUAACACAGGUGCAUGCAUUCAGGAACUUUCAACACUAGCAAAAUUGCACAAUGAAGCACUUUCGAAAUCCUUGCGGAAGCUAGAAAAUCAGCUCAAUGGAUUCAAAUAUUCAAUAGCGGAUACCUACACUUCUCUAAGUGAAACUCUAAAUAACCCUUCAAAAUAUGGUUUCAAGAUAAGCAAGAUUGCAUGUUGUGGAACCGGUCCAUAUAGAGGAAUUUUUAGUUGUGGAGGGAAGAGAUCUGUCAAAGAAUACAAAUUAUGUCAUAAUGUUAGUGAAUAUGUGUUCUUUGACUCCAUUCAUCCCUCCGAAAAGGCCAACCAACAAUUUGCUGAGCUAAUGUGGAAUGGAACUCCUAAUAUCACAGGACCUUACAAUCUUAAAGCAUUGUUUGAAAACUAAUGAAUGUAAAUUUGAAUUUUUUUUUUUUUUUUAUAUAAAAAAAAAGUGAAUCAUGUUAUAUUAUCAUUAAAAUCAACAUAAGAAUUGUAUUUUCAUCCCGAAGUAAUAAAUAUAUUCAAUAUUUCAAGUUGUAUGAUCAUACUCCACUUACAAGUUAUUUCGUUUCGGGAUAGUCUUUUUGGAUUUUAGGAAUCCACUUAGGAUUUAAAAAUAUUCCCGUAUUUUGUUGUAAAUAACUCAAAGGAAUCCUUAUACUUAAGGGCAUAGAGAUUCCCACUAAACCUUAUUUUUAGGUUAUGUGGAUUUCCUUAUCAAAAUGUAGGUUUCUAUAUUCGGAUAUUCGAAUUACUUAGUAAUUUUGUUUUC